AUGGCGAUAGCGACAGCGACGGUUGCUGAGCUGGUCAGCCAGAUGCAGGCCAAUCUCGAUGCGAUCAAUUACCACCUGGCACGGAUAUCGGAUACGAAAGCACACGACGAUGAGAUUGAACGACUCGAGAGCGAACGAGAGAAACGAGCAGAAUUGCUGAAUCUACAAUGGGAGAAGGAAGCAAGGGGGUUGGAGGAGAAGAAGAGACAGGCUGCAUUGCCUGCUGCUGAGCAGCGUAGACGAGCAUAUGAAAAGGUCGUGGCUAGGAGGGCACAAGAAGCGGAAGAAUUAGCUGCUGCGAGAAAACGAGAGGACGAGGAAAUUGCCGCUCGGAGGAAAAGUGAGGAUGAUGACAGACAGGCCAAGAUCCAACAACAUGAGGAGGAGCUGAAAGCAAAUGCAGAAAGAGAAGAAGAGGAGAUCAAGAUCCUUUUUGCUGCAGAAGAAGAAAGGAGGAGGGCAGAUGCAAUCGAGCGUGAGAACAGCCUCUACGAUGAUUUCGAUGUGCAGAUGGAACAAUUGGAGGAGGAGAUGGAGAAGAAGGUCGAGGAAAGCCAGAAAGAAUUAGCAGAGCUGGAACAGAAGCGCCAGGCUAUCAGUGCUAUGAUCGAUGCGAAGAUGCGAGCUCCACGACCAGCAUCCUUCCGAAGGGGCUCGAAGCGAUUUUCUGGAACACCACUCGCAGCUGAUGUUGCGGACAUGUUAGCAUCAGGAAGACCUCCAAUGCAACGCAAAUCUACAUUGUCAAGGAUCAAUGAGCCCAGUUCGCAGAGUCAGUCAUUAGAACGAGGAGUGCCAGUACAAGCGCAUGUCGAUACCCUUAAUGCCCUGACCAAAUACGUCUACGAUGGACCAAAGCACAGCAGACUGCCUACAUGGGCUGAUCAAGCCUCAUUACCAAUUGUGCGUGGUUCUCAUGGCGUCAUGAACUUCCGUGGCGAGGGUGCGGAAAUGGCAGUGGUCGAAUCUCCCAGAGUAAGACAAUCAUCAUCAAUAUCCACGGAAGCGAAGAAAAACCCUUUCAAAAUCGACGUAAUAAAGCAUGCUCUCCUCCCAACCUGGGCUGAUCAAUCGAAGCUCAAACUCGUUGCUGGAGAUUGGGGCACAUUGGUAUUCCGAGAAGGCGGCGCAGACAUGGAUGUCAUCCUGACGCCGAAGUCCGAAGAUGUGGACGGAGUUUUUGAACCUGCAUACGGACAUCCUUUCAACAUCACGAAUCUCGGCGACAUAGAGGAUGUCUCUCAUCUUUCGAGCCACUCACGUACAUGGAAGCCUGUUUCUCGCCAACUGGCUGCCCCCGAACCGGUGUUGCAAACUCAGCAGCACAGCUUCCCGAAAUUCGACACAAUGACAAUGUUCGAAGCUGGUGCUGCGACUCUUUUAGCAGCGGAAGUUUUCAAGCCAGAUGAAGAAGAAGGGAUGGACGCACCAAUCCGACCCCGAGCAACAUCUCGCGCCAUCCCACCCGAGAAAGUCUGGUUCGCAGCUCCAAAGCCCGUUCAACGCGGUCAUCCACACAACAACACGCGAUCAAAGCCAUCUCCAGAACUCACAACCCACAUGCCUAGCCAAGGCAAACCACCUCGUGGACUCGGAGCCGCGACGAUGAAUCAUGGGACUGAACGAUCUGUUCCUGUAGCCAAGGCAUUAGUUGCUUCCUCCGAAAUUGUCGAGGUUGUAGGUGAGAAAUACGAUGUUCGUCAUCCUGCUUUGGAGGAGCUUGUGCAAGCGACCCAUUCGAGAAACGACGUAUACUGGGCAGCGGAUCAGGCUCAGCUCAAGCCCAUGAGUGGCAGCCAUGGAACACUGUCUUUUGAUCAGCGAGGUGCAGUGCUAGUUGCGCAGCGGGAGAAUCUGUAUUGGGCGAACCAAGCGAACUUAGAUAUUGUACGAGGGAGUCACGCUAUGUUGAAAUUUUCUGGGAAUGAAGCAUCGACGAAAGUAAUGAGGCCAGACCCUUAUUGGAGAGAUCAAGCAACUCUUUCGAUCGUGAGAGGAGAUCAUGGAAAACUUCACUUCUCGGAGAAUGACGCUAUUCUCAAGGUUGUGAGACCUAAUCCUUAUUGGAGAGAUCAGGCAACUCUUCAGAAUGUGAUGGGAACACAUGGAAUGCUGGUAUUUGGCGAUGAAGUCUCUGUGAAAGUGGUUGGGCCAGAUCCUUAUUGGGUAGACCAAGCGACUCUCUCGACUGUCAAAGGAGACUACGGAAGAUUGUUCUUCAGCGAAGACGGAGCAAUUCUCAGGAUAGUAAGACCGGAUCCUUAUUGGGCUGAUCAAUCGACCCUUACUGUUGUGAGAGGUGAUUACGGUCGAUUAAUGUUCAGCAGCAACGGAGCAGCUCUGAAGGCCAUUCGAUCAAACCCAUAUUGGGUCGAUCAAUCAGCCCUCAAGAUCGUCACAGGACAACAUGCUCGUCUCUCCUUCUCUUCCGAUCACACAGCUACACUGCGUCCCGUUCGACCAGACCCAUACUGGGUCAAUCAAUCAUCCCUUCCCAUCGUGAGAGGUGACUAUGGCCGCCUAGUAUUCAGCGACGACGGAGCAUCUCUGCAAUCCGUCAAAUCCAAUCCUUAUUGGAUCAACCAAGCCUCUCUCUUAACGCUAACAGGCCAACACGGGCGAUUACACUUCACGCAAUCUGGAGCUAUCACGAAAUCAGUCACCCCUAAGAUCUACUGGGAAGCUCAACUGGCUCUUGCUGUAAAUCGAGGAAGUCGUCGAACGUCAGCAGCCCUUACUUCGGGGGGAAUUAAGGCAAAGAACGUGUAUUGGGCCGACCAGAGCACACUCGCAACGGUCAGGGGAAAGCACGGAAAACUAGCCUUUAGCGGAGAGGCUUCUAUCGUUGAAGUUGUGAGCAAAGAUCUGUAUUGGGUCGACCAGGCUUCUCUUUCUCGUGUCCGAGGAUCGCACGGCAAGCUCGCUUUCAACGCCGAGGGAGCUUCGCUUGAGGCUGUUACCGUGAACCCGUACUGGAGCCACGACCAAGCAACCCUCCCCACAGUCAAUGGAACGCACGGAACUCUGCACUUCAAAGAAAACUCUGCUUCCCUAGUAGUCCUUCGCGUUAACCCCUACUGGAUUGACCAGAGCUCUUUAUCACUAGUCCGAGGAUCUCACGGAAAACUCUCCUUCAACGCAGAAGGCUCUUCACUUGUACCUGUGAGAGCGACUCCUUACUGGGCUCAAGACCAAGGGACGCUUUCGUCGGUAAAAGGUAGUCAUGCCAGUCUUUCUUUCCGUGGGAAUGAUGCACACCUAUUGGCCGUGAGGGCGGAUUCAUUUUGGAGUGCGGACCAGAGCCAACUUUCCGAGGUAAGAGGUAUGAACGGACGGCUAGCUUUUGAUUUGAAUAGUGCGGCGCUUCAGGUUAUGAGGCAAGAUCCGUUCUGGGGUGCGGAUCAGAUCAAACUUCCUCAAGUCAGAGGUAUGAACGGAAGACUGGCUUUCGAUUCGAAUGGCGCAUCUCUUGAACCAGUUCGUCCAGAUCCAUUCUGGAGCGCGGAUCAAUGUCAGCUUCCAGAAGUUACGGGAAUUCACGCUCGACUAAUUUUCGACUCCAAUGGCGCCUCUUUGAAGGUCGUGCGCCCAGAUCCGUAUUGGGCUGAAAAUCAAGCUGGCCUUUCGGCUGUGAGAGGAACAAAUGGGCGGUUGGCGUUUAGUUCGAAUGGUGCUUCGCUGGAAAUCGUUCGACGAGAUCCCUAUUGGACUGCUGACCAAGGACGGCUGAGUGUGGUGAAGGGUACUCUUGGGCAGUUGAAGUUUGAGUCGAGCGGUGCCUCUCUCAUCAUGAAAAGACCGGAUCCGUACUGGACUGCAAAUCAACAAAGUUUGGAUGUGGUGAACGGGUCACAUGCUCAACUGACUUUUGGACCCAGCGGAGCUGCCCUCACACCGAAACGGCCAGACCCAUACUGGACAGCUGAUCAGCGGAGGUUGGAUGUGGUGUACGGCACUCAUGGACAAUUCAGCUUCGGAUCGAGCGGUGCUUCUCUGAUGGUUAAGAGACCAGAUCCCUAUUGGACCGCUGACCAGGGCAAACUUUCUGUAAUCCGUGGCUCUCAUGGGCGUUUGAGUUUCGGGUCGAAUGGUGCCACAAUGGUGAUAUCAAGGCCAAACCCAUACUGGCUAGCAGAUCAGAAGAUGUUGCACGAAGUGAAUGGCGUUCACGGUAUGCUUUCUUUCCAGAACAAGGGAGCCUCAUUGCAAGUUGCCAUGCAGAGUCGACCGUACUGGACGGCAAAUCAGGCAGAUUUAGCUUCGAUCCAGGGAUCUCAUGGUGCGAUGAAAUUCGACCCGAGUGGUGCUUCCACAGUUGCAAUUCGAGCUGCUGCGGAACGCGUAGACCACAUCGGUGAAGUGUCACUAGCUCAUGCCAUCUCACAUCUCAAAGACGAAUCAAGUAUCAACCAAGAGCCAUGGAUACCAGAACAACCUUCCCUUCCUGUCCAAUAUGCACCACCAAAUCCUCCAACCUACUGGACCGAUCAAUCUCAGCUCGGAACCAUGCAAGGAAGUCACGGCAUGCUGGUCUUCCACCAAGAAGGCGCUGUCACCAUCCCUCACCAAAUCGAUCACAAUGGUUUCGCCAGUCCGCUCGAGACUGGAGAUUUCUUUGGAGACUCUGAUCACUCAGAUUAUGAUGAUUUCCGCUCAAGCCCAAGAAAUAGUUUUCAAAAACCCAGAGACACUUCUGUCCCUCCGCCAGCUCCUGUUUCACGAAGGUCAUUCGGACCAGGAGCUUUCGCUUCGCUUCUGAAUAGAGUCAAAGACAAUGUCCCAAUCGUCACGAAUCUGUCCCAUCCACUCCACACGGCAAGCCGUCGCUGA